CAGUCGUGUUUUUCCCCUCUCUGAGCUCUCUCUCUCUGUUUCUCUCUCUCAUCCUGACUCUCUCGUGCGCUCUCAGCCUCAGCGGUCAGACGGACCUCUCCUCUCCUCUCUCUCUCUCUCGCUCCUCUUCAUCCCUCUCUCUUCUUUCUUUCUCUUCUCACCCCUGCCCCCCGCUGUACUUGGGGCAUUAGUGGGGGUCCUGGAGUUCCUGUAUGAGUGUGUGUGAGUAAGUGAGUGUGUGUGUGAGUGUGUGCUGGAGGGUUUUCGGCAUGGAGGCAAUGGCACUUUAUACGUUUCGCGCCACAGAAGGCGAUGAACUCAGUUUCAACAAGGGAGACAUGCUGAAGAUUACCAACAUGGAGGAUGAUCCUAACUGGUACACAGCUGAGCUCCACAACAGGAAAGGUUUUGUGCCAAAAAACUACAUCAACCUGAGGCCCCAUGCCUGGUUCGCCGGGCGCAUAUCUCGCAGUGUGGCGGAGAGUCGACUCAGACACAGAGAGUGCGGCGCCUUUCUGGUCCGAGAGAGCGAGAGCGCCCCCGGAGAGUUCUCCAUGUCCGUCAGUUACGGGGAUCACGUUCAGCAUUUCAAGGUGCUGCAGGACCGCUGUGGUCAGUACUAUGUGUGGGACGAGCUCUUCUCCUCGCUGAACGAGCUGGUGGAGUUUUACCAUAGCAACAGCAUCGCCAAGGAGAGGACCGUCUUCCUGAGAGACCCCGAGCACUUCGCCAGGCGUCCCCAUCACGCCCACGCUCUCUUCGACUUCGCCCCACACCACCCCACCCAGCUACGCUUCCUUCGCGGUGAUGUCAUCGAACUCAUGGACUGCUCCGACUCGCUGCGCUGGAGGGGCCGAUGUCACGGUCACGUAGGAUACUUCCCCCCGGAGUACGUCCAGCCCAUCUACCACUGCCAGUGACCCCCGGCCGCCCUGCGAGGUUCAUCGGCUCGCCGUCUCCGCCCUGACCUUCACACUGCUCACCUGCUCUGCACCUGACCGUACAUCUGUGGAGCGGAAGAACUGACAACCUGCACCUGAACACCCGGACAGCUCAGAUUGUGCUUCUGACUCCUCCUACUUUCCUGUGACAUCACCUGUCAAUCACAAGCCCCGCCCUGUUAGCUGCUUCCAGCUAAGAAAUCGCUUUAACCUCAUCCCACUGCUCCACUUCUCCAAUACACGGACCUCGACACUGUGGAGAGUUCACACACACACACACACACAGACACACACCUCCAUAUACACACUCACACACACACACACACACGCCUCCAUAUACACACUCACAGGAGUCAUCAUUUAUUCCAGCUCCGGUUCAGACUCACGACACGCUAAACUCCGGGAGGUUGUUCAGGGAGAGAAGUUUCUCUUUGCUACAGAUGAGUCAGGAUGUGUCCCAGUUUUUACCCGCCGCUCCCACACGGAGGCCGACGAGCUGAUUGGAGGACACUGAGCAUAAUUGUGUUGUAAACAUUGAAGCUCUGAGGAGAACGCCGCAGCACGGUUCUCUCUGGCUGGGCUGGGAGUGUGAAAGUGUGUGUGCUGAGGCAUGCAUAUCAUGGGUGUUAACCUGCAAACUUUAUUUAUGUGUGUGUUCAUCGUAUGCUAACGGGUCAGUGGAUGAUGCAUGUGUAUCUGAGUGUGUCAGUGACGGCUGCUGUGAGUGCGUCUGUGCGGCCCUUUGCUCUGAGGCCACUGAGUUUAAGUGACGAGCACCGCCCAGCCCGACUCCAUGCUUUUAUUUCACAGCUGACAAUGUAAACUCUAUAAGGGGGGUUUGUUUGUUCUGAUGUAUUUAUUCAUAACCAUGAGUAAUCCUAAACACAUAUAUUACACGUAAGACUGAACCAUGUACAACAGACUCUUUAUGAAAACACAAACUCUGAGCGGUCUUCCAUAAACCUGUAACGACGAAUCAUUGAAAUAAAGUGAGAAAUUUACCUCUUUCAACUUUGA